AUGGAGGCGAUCGCUGAGCACGAUUUCCAAGCGGGACCAAAUAAUGAGCUGUCGUUCAAACGGGGGAAUAUUUUAAAGGUUCUGAACAAGGAUGAAGAUCCACAUUGGUAUAAAGCAGAGUUGAAUGGGAAAGAAGGUUUCAUUCCAUCGAAUUUUAUUCGGAUGAGAGAAUGUCCUUGGUAUCUUGGAAAAAUAACAAGAAACGACGCUGAAGUAUUGUUGAAACGACCUAAUGUUCGUGAUGGUAACUUCCUUGUCCGACAAUGUGAGAGCAGUCCUGGAGAGUUUUCAGUCAGUGUUCGAUUCCAAGAUUCCAUUCAACAUUUCAAAGUGCUGCGUGACCAAACUGGAAAAUAUUAUUUGUGGACGGAGAAGCACAACUCCUUGAAUGAUCUUGUGAGAUACCAUAGAACUGCCUCAGUCUCUCGAACUCACACUAUACUGCUGUCUGACAUGACUAUUGAAGCGAAAUUCGUUCAAGCGCUUUUCGAUUUUAACCCACAGGAGAGUGAAGAAUUGGCAUUCAAAAGAGGAGACGUUAUUAUUUUGAUUGACAAAGAGGACGCGAAUUGGUGGGAAGGACAAUUGAACAACCGACGUGGCAUCUUUCCAUCCAAUUAUGUGUGUCAACUGAAGUGA